AUGACCGAGGUAGCCCAACGCUGCAUUCUACCCCUCUAUGGAGACAAGAUUUGGAAACGUCAGAUCUCUCUCUAUGUGUCCUACCCAUCAUUGCGUCGAUGUUGCCAGGAUCUCUACUUUUUAAAUGAACUCGAUCACAUCAAAAUCAGCGUUCCCUUUGAACAAGAUCCACUAUUUGGGAUUUGUCAAGAACAACACCGUAGAAUUUCAUUAGAGCAAGCAAUCAAUAAUACUUCUACAAAGGUUAAACAAAGACAUGAUGGACAAGAAGAGGAUUCAGAGGAAGAGGAAGAGGAAGAAGAAAAUGAUGAUCAAGAAGAAGAGUAUGACGACAAAGAGGAGGAGGAACAAUAUUAUAAAGAAAACAAACAAUACACCAAAAAAAGAUCUCCUACUCCUCCAUCUCCACCUAUGCAAAAGGUUUUGAGUAAAAUGCAACCCAAAGUUAUAAAAACCACCAAUAUAAUUCCACCUCCUUCUUCUUCUUCUCCUUCUUCUUCAUUUCCUACUCCUCCUUCACUUCCUCUUCCAUUGCUAGUUUCAAAAGCAAUCCAAUUAAAAGAGAUUUCUUCCAAUUGA